CAAUUCAGGACGCCUAAUGCACAUACAUAGAUGGCCCUGAGCCUCGCAAACUGGACCUUUCGGAGGUUGAAACACGUGCUUUCCUCCGGUUCCGCGGCACCUGAUGCAAACCCAUGUGCCAAAUCCCUUUUUCUUGAGGAUUCCGACAUGUUGCGUGGAAGUCCUCGUGCACAGCCUGCAUGGGCGAAGCUGACUCCCGAUGCCAUUCGGCAAAUUGCAGCUCGCCUACACCCCGGCGAUGUUGCUGCGUCGCUCAAGCUUAUAAACAAGGAGGCUGCUGCGUGCUUGCGCGAAUACCGUGUCAUACAGCUAGAUGGCAAGCCGGAGACGAGGUGGCCGGCGCGGCAGCGACCCGCCGUCGCCGCGUCAUGCUGGCCGGCCGGGGCCUUCGUAAUCACCUGGAGCCGGCCGGAGGCAUGGUCCGGCCUCACCCUGCGCAAGCGGAGGCGCUUGCUUUGCCUGGCCGCAGCCAGCGGGCACCUGCCGAGCUUGGAGGUGGCGCUGGCAAACUGCGGCAGCAGCGCUCCGCCGGAGGCGCUCGCGGCGGCGGCGGCGAGCGGGCACGUGCCCGCGUGCGCCUUGCUGCACCAAAGGGAGGGCGUUAAAUGUGAGGAUGAUGCGGCCGUGGCGGCGGCGGAGGCGGGUCACCUGCCCAUGCUGCAGUGGAUGGCGGGCCAAGGGCUGCUGCAUCAGAUCAGCCAGUGGUCACUGAAGGCCGCGGCGGCGGCAUGCCGCGCCGGGCAAACCCACAUCGUGGACUGGCUGGAUGGCUCGGAGAUCCUCAAGCUCAGCACCAGCAGCAGCUCCGUCAUUUCCAUGCUGGCGGCGUCGGCGGCGGAGGGCGGCCACGUGGCCUUGCUGGAGCGGCUGCUGGCGGGGCACACGUUCGGGCACGACGGCAGCCGCAGCAUCGUGCUCCGCGGCAUCGCCGCCGGCUGCCCUGCGCCGCUCCUACGCCGCUACUGCGUGCAGUGGCGCGCCUUGGACGCGCCUGAGCAGCACGGCCCCGUCUUCGGCGUGGGGCAGCAGGCCUUCGACCUGCGCUCCGUGUUCGUGCGGGCCCUGGGCAGCGCGACGCCCGAUUGGCGCGACAAGUGUGACUACCUGCUGUCGGCGCGACCCGCCACUUGGUACUGCCGAAUGCUGGGUCAGGGAGAUGUCUUUGACCGGGUCGUGGAGGCGCGCUGGGACUACUGCGGCCAGGAUUACUCCCUGGCCGCGGCGGCGGCGCAGCCGGACUUCGAGCAGCGGCUGCGCUACCUGCAGGCGGCAGCGUGGGGCGCCGCCGCCGCCGCCUGGCCGCAGUGGCAGCACGCGGCAGAGGCGGCGGCCGGCUAUGGAAACGCCGCGGCGCUGCUGUUUCUGCUGGACGAGUGCGGCGUGCCGCAGCAUCAGCAACAGCAGCAGCUCCGCAGCAGCGCCGCGCAGAUAGCGGCGCGGGCCGGGCACCAGCACAUCCUGGACCUGCUGCUGCAGCGGCGGCUGUCCGUGUUUGGCUCGCACCCAAACCUGCGCAGCAGCGCGAGCGCGUGGCCGGCUGACGUGCUGCAAGCGGUGGUGCAGGUGUCGGUGGAAUGCGCAGCAUACGACCGCUCGCUGGUGCCCGUUAUGGGCCAUCAGUUGUGGUCCACGGCCUUCACGGAGGCUGCGAAACGCGGCGCUGAUGACGCGGGCACGCUGGUCUACCUGCAUGAGGAGCGGGGCGCGCCACUGGACUUGGGGGCGGUGGCGGCGGGCGGCAGCGUGGAGCAGCUGCAGUGGGCGCUGGGGCGGCUGCGGCGUGCGGACAGCAGCAGUAGCAGCGGUAGCAGCGGUGCUGGUUCUCGUGCUGGAGCUGGCCCCAGCAGCAGCGCGAAGCCGCCCGCGGUCUCUAAGGAGGUCUUGCUGGCCGCGCUGUCGCACGGCAACAUCGCGGCCGCCUCCCACCUGCGCGACAGCGGCCUGGUCCCGCAGCUGCCCGAGCCCAUAGACAUGGUCCGGGCCGGCAACCUCGGAGCCCUGCGCUGGUGGAUUCAGCAACAAACGCAGGAGGAUCAGGCGCGCGAGCUGGCAAACAGCCGCAAGCAGAAGCGGCACGGGCUGCUGGGCAGCGUGCGGGAGGGUGAUGAGGCGGGGGCUGCGGCGUGCACCGGACCGGGAUGGUGGCGGGAGCUGGUGAUGGGCGUGGCGGUGCAGGGCCGCAACGAUAGGACCUACACGUUGGGCGAGGUGGCGUGGGUGAAGUCGGCCUACCUGGCUCGGCCGCCUCCUGGGGCGGCGGCGGCCGUCACUACCAGUGCCGCACGUGCUGGAGGCGCAGCCGCUCGUGCUACAGCUGAUGCCGCUGGGGCGGCAGCCGCAGCUGCGGCACCUGCUAUAGCCGGCGCCAGGCCGGAGGGUCGCGCCGUGGAGGGCAGCCGGGGCCGCGGGGCAUACGAUGCGGCGCGGGUGCUGGCGGCGCGUAGGGCGUUCUUGGAGGAGGUGGACGAGGCGUGGGAGAAGUCGCGGCCGGCAACUUCCUCCUUUUUCAGGCGGCUCGUAGCCGCAGGUGUGGCGGGUGUGUAGGUGUGGGGCGUGUCUACGUCUGCAAGGCCAUCCAGCAGGGACUAGGGGUUGCCGGGGCCCGGCAGGGCUGCAUCAUGCAAUAUGGUGCAGCAUCAGUGCAGCCUUUCUGUUGGUGGGCUGCCGGCCUGGCCGCGGCUACCCAAGCUGUGCAAGGUGACGCGAUGUAUUACUAGGCGCAAGGAUAGGGCGAGCGACAAUGCGAUGAUCGAGAGUGCGCAAUCAAGCAUGCCAACAGCGCACCAAUGUACAUAAGGUACAGAGGAAUAAGAUUGGUGUUGUGCAGUCCGAAAUGGAUGUGCGUGUAUACAUAAGUUCCGUUUUGAUGGGUGGGGAAAGACAGAUGAGCCCGUGCAGACUGAUGCGUCGUUGUGGCUUGGGCGCUAGCAAGCAGGACGUGUGUACAAGUAGGCGUGGGUGGAAGCACGGCAGGGCAGUGUGCCGGUGCAUAGGUGAGGCUGUUAGUUAGUGUUUGGUUGCGUGUCUGUCGAGUUGCUGCAGGCAAGCGCGGAGUACUCCCGGCAGAUGCGCCGGGCAAAGUCAACGGAUUGCUUCCUUUAAGUCGAUGGAGUCCUGCAAACGCAUGCGAGCGCUUGCGCACCAGCGUCCCCACACACACUUGCAGCAGGAAGCGAUCCGCACGUUCGACCUUUGUGACCAUGUUGGACCUGCUACGCGGAAUGCUGCUUGCAGGCAAGUGGACCAAACGCUGCUGUGGCAUGCCAACCCUGCCGCUGUCCAGGCAAACGCUGCUACUUGCAGUUCCAUUUCUGUAACAGCCCUAGGCU